AUGGGUAAAUGUGCUGCAUGUGGUCAUUAUCCGAAUAGGGAUUUGAACCGUUCGAUUCAUGGAUGGCCUCAAGAUGAGGAUAUUAAGAAAGAGUGGUUAAACCAUUUGGGCAUGAAAGCAGCUGAAAUGACAGUUACACCAAGAUCUCGUAUCUGUUCAGAUCAUUUUGAUGAAGGUGCAUUCCUCCUAAAAAAAUAUGGCGAAGAGCAAAGAAAAUAUUUGAGAGACGAUGCAGUUCCCAAGAGGUAUGAAAAAAUGGUUUUGGAGACGAGUACCCAGAGGAAGGAAUUCCUUUCAAGGAGUCCAUCUUCUACCCUAACUGCAACAUCUCCGAAAUCGUCUUGCUCUACUGUGACAGUAUCAGAAGAGUCAGUUUUCCAUUCCAGUUUCAAUGUUUUGUUGGAAUCUCAACCAUCAACUUCAUCUGCAAGAAUCGCACCAGAAGUGGCCUUUUCUAGUUCUUCCGAAAAUCCUCCACUUAAUCCUUCAUCAAAAAAAAGUUAA